CUACCGGUCAAAAUUAUGUAAGAUUGCAACGUUUUACAAAUAAGAAUCCUUUAAUUAUUCUGCAUGACGACAACCGAUCCCUGCAAGCAAAUUGCAUGUAAAUUGCAGAAAUGUUUGAAAGAUAACGUCUACCAGCCUUCUCGUUGUCAAGAGGUACUCGAAGAAAUAAGACAAUGUUGCUUAAAACAUUCUUCUAACUCUACAGUUUGCGACGGUAUAAAUACUUCAAAACCAUAUGAACACAAUACUGUAGAUUAUCGAAAAGCUAUAAGAUAAUACAAUGCAAAGAGAAGGCAGAAGAAAGGUGGUAGUGCCAAAAAGAGGAUUCAUACAACGUUAUCCACGUUUUUUUGUUUUUGUAGGUUCAACACUCUCCAUUUGUGUAUUAUUCAGCAAACCUCUUUACGAUAUAUUCUUUAUGACUCCACCAGAGGACUUUAAAAAAAUAAGAAAAGUUUCCGAUAAAGUUUGAGUGCGGAUAAAUCUGUUCGCGUGAAAGAAUGGAGGCGGUAAAAAAAGCGAAGGAAAGAUUGAGACAGUAUCCGAUUUUGUUAGCCCGAUGUCAAGAAUCGGCGUCGAGGUAUGCGUCUUGCGUGUUAGCGAAAUCCAAUUUAGAGAAGAAUGCCUGCGCCGCGGAAUUCAAUGAAUUGAAAAGAUGUCUUGUUAAAGCUGCUGCGAGUAGCAAUACGAGAUUAUAAACGAGCUUGAAGAUAGAUUAGUGGAUUUCUGUGUCUUUGAUUUAACGCCUUACCUUUAGCCGUACGAAAAUGAUGAUUGCGACACAUGCUAAAGUAGAUAACUUGUCAUUUAUGUCACACUGCUUAGUGGCAUUUGUUAUACGAUUAGUCUUGAUACUGUACGCUGACUUUCAUGACGAGCACUUUGCAGUGCCAUACACAGAUGUGGACUACAAAGUAUUCACUGAUGCCGCCAGGCACGUGAUGGAAUAUAGAUCACCGUUCGAUCGGCAUACCUAUCGCUAUUCGCCAUUUCUGGCCUGGCUUUUGACACCAAAUGUCAUAUUAUACAAGAAUUUUGGGAAAGUUUUAUUUUCCGUAGUAGAUAUACUAAUUGCGGUCCUAAUUAGAAAUAUUCUCGAGCGACAGAGAUUUGGUAAGACCGUAAGAGAUCACUGUGCGCUCCUAUGGCUCUAUAAUCCAUUAACGUUGGUGAUUUCGACGAGAGGUAACGCGGAUUCAUUGGCAGUCCUCUUAGUCACCCUUACGUUGGAUUCGUUACAGAGAGACAAAAUUGUUUUGGCCGGAUUGUUGCACGGGAUAUCUGUACAUUUCAGAUUGUAUCCAUUGAUGUUCAGUUUGCCUAUGUUUUUGUCUCUGUGUAAAGGUAAUCGUUUCCUGCUGAAUAGGGACCAAUGGAAACUUGUGUUGAGUUGCGCAUUAUCGAUCGUUACGUUAACAGCCGCGGGUUAUUACCUAUACGGUUUUAAAUUCUUGUACGAGAGUUUUAUAUAUCAUUUAAUGCGUAAAGAUACAAGGCACAAUUUUUCUGUAUAUUUCUACAUGCUCUAUUUAUCCGCUAAUCAACCACAGGACGUAAUCCAAAAAGUGCUUACGUUUCUGCCGCAGUUAUUACUGCUGUUGAUGUCAUCGUAUUAUUAUUCGGAAAAAUCCAAGUUACCAUUCGCUAUGUUCGUCCAGGCAAUAAUCGCCGUGAUGUAUAAUCCGGUGAUAACUUCACAGUAUUUUUUCUGGUUUUUGUCUUUGUUACCUCUGUGUUUACCAAAUAUCGAUAUGAGUUUGUGCAGGGGCAUAUGUUUAGCGUCUUCUUGGAUUUUAAGUCAAGCUGUUUGGUUGUUUACCGCUUAUUUACUAGAAUUCCAAAGUUUUAAUUCAUUCGUCUUUCUUUGGAUAUCUAGUCUUCUAUUUUUUGCCGUUAAUACAAAAAUUUUAGUAGAUAUUAUUUAUCAUUAUAAAAGUUAAUUAUAAUUAUAUUAAUAUUUGUCUCAAUGAAAUAUUAUUCUGUCUAUAUCACAGAAAAUAAAUGGUUUAAAAAUAUAACAGAGAAUAUCUUUUUAUAUUAAAAUGAUUAUUGUAAUUUAAUGUAUAAUUAUGACAUAAAAUAAAUGUGCAAUCAAUUGUAACUUGAAAGCGAAUUAUACGGAAUUUAAUUUUUAAAUAAACGUACGGAAUGUCACAAAAUUACAAUUACAAAUUUAUGAAUUCUUUUAUAAAUUAAAUUAAAAUUGAUUUUUGUUAAAUCAAAUAAUUAUUUAUUUUUAUAAUUUUAAAAAUUUUUACUAAGCACGAUAAGAUAUAGUACAAGUAUAAAGAUUAUAUAUAAGCGUUUUUUUUUCGAAUUUGUAACGUAUAAUAGUUACAGUUGUAAUUUUGUGACAUCCAUCGCAUUAUUAAAUUCUUGGAAAGUACCAAGGGUAGCAGAUGAUGGAUUGUUCAAAAAACUUGAAUUUAUUUAAGUUUUAAUAAAAAAGCACAUAUUAUCUA